AUGAAAGGAGGUAAACCUGAUGCCAAAGCUGAUAACAUGCUCGGCGUGGAGAAGAAAGCUCCCGAGACUAAAGGAGCGAAGAAUGCUGCCAAGCGAAGAAGUACUUCUUAUGUUAAGCGAUGGAGGUCUAUCAAGGAUCCUAACAAACCCAAGAGGCCUGCAACUUCUUUCUUCGUGUUCAUGGAGGAGUUCAGGAAGCAGUUCAAGGAGAAGUAUCCAAACAAUAAAUCUGUGGCUGCUGAAGGUAUAGCUGGUGGAGACAAGUGGAAACAGUUCUCAGAUGCUGAGAAAGCUCCUUUUGUGGCAGAGGCAAAGAAAAGGUUGGUGGAAUAUCAUAAGAACAAGGAUGCUUAUAUCAAGCGAGUAGCUGCUGGAUCUUCUGAAGAAGGGGAAUCUUACAAGUCAAUGUCCGAGGUUGAUGAGGAAGAUGGGGAUGAUGAUUGAAGAGGUUUUUAGUGGAUGAGGAAAUUGGUGAGGAAGCUAGUGUAAUAUCUUCUAUACAUGGCUGCUUCUUUUUACCGUAUAAUACUUGCAGUUUCUUUGCUUUUAUUUUUGGGAGUUAAAG